CAAGGGGCAAGAGCAGCAGCAAGAUGGGGCGGCGCCACCGCAGCAAAUCGCAGACCCUCCCGUCCUCCCCCACCUACUCAUCUUCCUCCUCGGAGUUUGAAUUCCGCACCUCCCUGUCCCCCCACAAAUCCUCCCGCCCCGCCGACGAGCUCUUCUACAAGGGGCAGAUCCUCCCCCUCCACCUCUCCCCCCGCCUCUCCAUGGUCCAGUCCCUCCUCCUCCUCUCCUCCUCCUCCCCCUCCUCCUCCUCUUACACCUCCCGCGACUCCACCGCCUCCUCCAACCUCCUCCUCGACUCCGACUCCUCCCGCCCCAGCUCCGCCACCGACGACGACUUCAUCAAACGCCCUUCCGCCGCCGACAUUCUCUCCCGGAAAUCCCCCAAAUACUUCUCCCUCGCCAAAUUCUCCUCCAAGACCACCUCCUCUGUCAAGCGCGUCAGCACAACCGCCAGAGGAGUCCUCCGCAAGUACUUCAACAAGGUCAAACCCCUCUACGAAAAGCUCUCCCACAAACAACACCACCACCACCACCAGAAAAUGCCUGCGCCGGCGGCCGUGGCGCGGAGAUCGAACGACAAUUCUAGAGAAAUCUCGAUGUCUUUCUCCGGGAAUUUGAGAUACCCCAGGCGAAGAAGCAGCAUCUCGAGCUGCCCUUCCUCGAUGACGUCAUCGCCGCGGCGGGGCGAGGUCCCGCAAAUGGGUCGGGUCGGAUCCGGAUCGUACAACCCGGGAGCUUCGUCGAUGGCGGAGCUGCAGAGUGCCAUCCAAGGCGCCAUUGCUCACUGCAAAAACUCCAUGAUCAAGAACAAUGCGCAAAAGGAGAUUCCGUCGCCUUGGCGGCCCCUACACUCCGGCCCGACAUCAUGUAAGGGAGUUCAAUCAGGGUAUGCAGUAGCCCGUUAAAGGGGAGGCCUUAAUCCACUGGCUGUCAGAAGCCCAUCUCCCAAAGCCUCACACUUGUGCCUGAGAGAUAGAAGCAACUACACGACAGCAGUGGGAUCAGCGGUAUAUAAUAUCAUAAAACAUCGUGUAAAAGAAAAAAGGUUUGUAUGGACAUAUAAUUAUCUUAUUGUAUGUCAUAAAACAAG